CUCUUUCUCUCUCAUGGCCGCGAGCGGCGGCGGCGGCGGCGGCGUCGCCGCGCGGAGGCGCUUCUGCGGCGCGGCGAAGCAGAUAACGAAGUCCAACUUAGCGGCGGCGCUCGGCGAGAUCGAAUCCCGCGUCCGCGGCUGCGACUUCGUCGCCGUCGCCUCCCGGAGGACCGGCGACUCCUCCUCCUCCUCCUCCGGCGCCGGCGAUCGGCGGCGGUGGCGCCGCGUCCUCGGCGCCGACACAGCGGAGACGGCGUACCUGAAGGCGAAGCGCGCCGCCGAGUCCUUCGAGCUGCUCCAGCUCGCCGUGUGCCCCUUCCGCCUCCGCGGCUCCAAAGUCCUCGCCUUUCCGUACAACUUUCAUUUGUUUCCGAGGGAUGAGUUGAACAUGGGCAUGCCUUCGUAUAGCUUCUCGUGCCAAACUUCGUUUCUGACGUCUAUGGCUCGAGAAGGUUUCGAUUUCAACCUCUGCGUUUAUGACGGUCUAUCGUACUUGUCGAGAGUUCAAGAAUCCAUGUCUCGAGAGAGAAUUCCUAUUCCCCACGUUGGUCGGUUAUCAUCGUCGUCUUCACCACCAUCUACGCGUUCAUCGGUCGCCGAUUCAAUCUUUAUGGGAAGAGUAAAGUCGAGAGUUGAGCACUGGCGAAAAGCCGCUAAAGAACCAAGCAACGCAGCUGAAGGGUCUCUAGUCAAGUCGCUGAGGAAACUCAUUUUAGGUGGUGAUGAAUAUGGUUCGAGGCCGUGCUUGAUCAUCGAUGUUUGCAGUGAUCACCAAGUUCAACUGGCUUUAGAGGCGGUAAGUCAUAUCUCCGACGAACUUGUACCGAUAGUCGUGCCCGAGAAAGGUGGGGAGCCCACGGCCGUGCGUGUGGUUCUUACGAGUUCCGAAGAUGAUAAGAAUCUUCUCAUGGCUGAGAUUCAGAAGAUGGAAGAUGAGCAAAACCUGAAGGUUCGAGGAUUCCGAGAAGUUAUCGAUCUGAUCUCUUCAUCCCAGAAACCAAUAAUUUCCUAUAAUUGUAUGCAUGAUUUUACAUUCAUACACUCGAAAUUUCUCGGACCUCUACCACCGACCGAGCACGAGUUUAUGUGCUCCUUGAGGAUGGCGUUCAAUAAUGUAAUCGAUGUCGGCCAUUUGUUGAAGGAAAUCGGUCCUCUCAGAAGAGCGAAGAACAUACCGUCCGCUCUCAGUUACUUAAAAAGGCGGUUCUUCGUGCCCGUAGAUUUGGAAAUCCCUUUUGGAGAUGAGAACGGUGAAAAGAGCGACGGGCACGAUGUUCUUCGAUUAGUACGGCUAUUUGCUAAAUUGAAUCAUUUGCUAAAAAUAACCCCUGAUUGUCAAACUCAGCCAGGAGAUCAGAGCACACAAAUUGAAGAUUAUUCCAACGUCUUCUAUCCAACUUAUACUAGUGUCCAAGAACACGAAGAUGAGGAGAAUAUUGGUGUCGGCGUGAACACUAAUGUCAGAAAAGUGAGCACCGAGAAUUUGGUUUUCUUGUGGGGGUUCGGCGAAACUUCCGCGAAUGACCUAAAACAUCGCCUUAAAGGCUACCACGUGCUUUUCUCGGAAGAAUUUGAGCUGCGAUUGGCGGACAACACCUGUGCUGUUGUGGUUUUCUUCAGGCCAGGUGCUGCUGAGGAGCUACUCAGAGAAAUAGGAUCAGGAAGUGCUUCUGCGGAAAACAUGGCUUCGGAAGGGCUUAAAGCAGCUGGAUUUGAGGCUUAUAAGAAGGUUUGCAUAUUAGGGCUGUGGGAUGCGGACUUGGCGGAUUCUUUGGAGAGUGUUCUCGCCGAGCCAACUAGUGAUCAUGCUGCUGUGCCUGCUGAGGUACUGUGGAGCGGCGAGUUGAUGUUAGAUAUCAAUGAUCUUUUAGAGAGCUGAUUCUUUCGUUGUUUGGCGAGGUAAAUUAUCUGGUUUCGAUGGUCUCGAAACGACGACUUAUCAGCUGCCAACGAUGUACAUCGGCACGCGAUUAGUGAAGAAGUGAUAACUUAUCAGCUCCUAGCGAGAGCGCACGCCGCUGAAGAAGGUACAGAUUCGGGUUCGAGUUUCGGGUUUGGAGUCCGUUCGGAUUUUUGAAAAUCUAUCCUUGUUUGUGGGUUAAAUCUAGAGAAAUGAUCAUGCUAUUCCAAAUCAAACCGUUAAGAUGCGAGAAAAAAGAUUGAAACGAGGAAGAAAUGGGAGGAAUCGAACCUCCCAGAAGAUCAUGGCGUCCUGGUUGAUCCCCUUCCUACCCUGC